CGCAAAAACUCAAAGACGCAUGAUCAAUUUUCUCUGUCCUUAUCCUUUAUAGAGAUUUACUCGGCCAUAUAGCAAAUAUCGAUUAUAAAAUAGGGCACGGGUCUGUUAUCGCUCAAAAUGAGGUGUUCAGUUGAUAUUUGAUUUGGGAUAAGAUGUUGGGGAAGGCCGUGUUAUGUUUGACCUUACAUUUGUAUAGUGUCGUAGCGCAGAAUGACUGCACGGACCUACGAGGGAGGUUGAUAAGCCACGGGCUGCACUACGUGCCAGGGCCGGACACCUGUACGCUAUGCGUGUGCGACAACGGCGGGCCCAAGGCUUGCAAGGCCGUGCUGUGCUCGCCCCCGCAGGAUUGCCGCUCAUUUCGCGUCGGCAACACCUGUUGCGAGUUCAUCUGCUUAGACGAUGUGGUGAAGCCAGCAGACGGGUCGGAGAGCAGCCUACGACUGGCGGCCGGGGGAGCAGUAGCCGUCGCCCUGCUCACGGUCGCCCUGGUGGUGUAUCGCGUGAGGAGGCAGAAGAUAAGGAGGCCGCCGCGAGCUGAUGACCAGAGGAGUCUCACUAGCAUUGGAUACAUCAGCGGCAGUAUGGGUUACAUGGGCGGCACUUGCGAAACGGCCCUAGCGGGCUGGAAACCUCAUGGCAACUAUUUACCUCGUGGCGAGGCACCGCCGCCAUAUGACGAAGCUAUCGCGCAGUGCUCCGACGGCAUGAGAAUGAACACUGAAACGCCGUUCCAUCGGACCUACCCAACCAACCUGGAGACCAUGGUCCGACCUGAUGAGGCCAUGCAAUGUACCGGACACGCCUACAUCAACAUACCGCGGCCUGUGCAACAGAUGCCGAACCCGCAAAACUGCUUCGCUGCGCCGCUUCUACAGCCCCAUCCUGAACAGCGAGAGCCGGUUAUGCACCACCCAUUGGUGCCCAACAUGGUCGGGUUCCCGAGUGCGAUCCGGCUGACAGGCUCCCUCGGCGCCAUCAGCCACCGCGGCCUCAGCGUGCUGCAGCGCGAGCCCGAGCCGGAGCGCCCCCACAACGUGCCAGGGUUCUAUACCAGCCCCGCCAACACCUCGCUACACCGCACAAUUCCGCGCAUCUCCACCGCGAUCGACACAACCAUCCUCGACACGUCCAUAGCCGGCUUCAUCCGCUGCGAUCGCUCGCUACACAGCGAGAUUCGUCGCUCAUUCCACAAACCCAGCGAGCGAGCUAUGGCGGACACCGGGCGGAGUAUGCCAAGGAAUCUCAACCUGGCUUCUAGCGGGGGCUCAAGAGCCCACAGCGAAGAGCACAACGUGGGUGGGAUCGAACCGAAACCUCUGAAGGCGGCAGGAAAACCGACCGCAGACGUUACUGGACCACAGACCACACUGCCGCUCACAGUUGAUAAGCCGUCGUGCGUUUGCAGUUACUCGAGCGGCGCGCCGGACGGCGAACCGGACGGGCCGGACGACUACCGCAGCGAGUGUGAGAAUUGCAAGUCCGCUACCAGCUCAAGAUGGGUAUUAGACCCCGACUGGCGAGACGAGGCCGACGAGGGCACGCAAACGCUGCAGCGCCGCGCGCCGCCGCCCGCGCCGCCGCCGCCCGCCACCGCCACGCUGCCGCAACCCGUCACUAAGCAACGACCAACGGGAGGCCCACAAUCCAACUGGGAGAACUGGUUCAACACAAUACCUGACUCCGAUACUGAAUCCGAAGAAGAGUGAACUGUUUACUAUUAACUUUUAAUUUGGACUUGUAUGUGCAACAAGGUAAGUCUUAUCAGUUUACAGUGGAUAAAUAUGCAAUAAGUAUUACCAUGGACUUGUAAUUCAAGUGUAAAGAUUUUGAGCACAACACUUUUCGUUGUUUGCAACACUCGCGACAUCUAGUGUCAAGCAGCUCUAGAUUUUUAGCGGUACUAGUAAAUCCGCCACUUAGUCCUAGUGCAGUUGCUAAAAUAAACAGCAUUUUGUUUACAAGUCAGGGACUGGAAACCCGUUAAUUUGUCUUACCCGGUCGAAUGGGUAACCCCUUCAGAUAAGAUAGUUUGGGUAACCCGUCCAUCGGGUUACCCACACAAUAGUGAUAACACCCGUAACUUAACCUAAUCGUAGCCAGGGGUUACCGCUUACAGGAGAUUUUUGGCUUUAUCUUGCGUGGACUAACCUUGUAAACCUUAUCGCUCAGCGCUAACACGAUUUAAAUAAAAUAGGUUAAACUUAAUCACAUGGUAUAUGUAGUAUUUGGAACAUUGUUUAAAAAUAUGGGUUUUUGACAGCUAAGGUUAAAUAAAAAGCACGUAAUACCUAUGUGUAUUAUAACGGGUAUAUUAUAGCUGUUUAAGAAUGAAUUGGUCUAUGGUAUUACUAAUCUGCUAGCAUUAGUAUCAUUUUCGCUCUCUCCACACAUCUCGCGUAAUUUCAAAUUGGUUUGCGCGCGAGAACGCAACGCUUUCGCGUAACUUUUCUCGAAUUACGAACAUUCUGUAUACGCUUUAUAAAAUUACAAUUUAACCCCUACGCGUACAAUAUGACCGUUUAUGCUCGAAUCCAUUCCGUUAAAUUAACAAAUUAAUUAUUUAUUUCUCCUAUAAAUAAAGUCAGGAAGGGAAAACUGAAAUCUUGUAAAAACAAACGAGAGUCCUGUGGCCCAUUUCUCGAAGCUACAAGUUACAAUUUACAAGUGGUAGUCAUGUCUUAUAUGGUAAGUUGAAAAGAGACUUCCGCUUGUAACUUGUAACCUUCAGCUUUCGGAAAUGGGCCACCGUUAUACGAAUUUCAGAGAGAUAUUUGCUUCUGUUACAUGAUAUGUACGAGUAUGUACAAGCCUUCCUGAAAUGGGCUACGAGAUAGUCCUAUGAAAAAAAAAACAAGUCUUCUAAUUAUCGGGCACUUUUGGUAUCGUUUAAUUUAUAAACCAUCCAUCCAACCAUCUUUAACGUGCCAAGAAUGGUAACCACAGUAGCUAAGCUGUGAUUUCCGUGCUCUCUGUCACUCUUUCUUACUUGUUCUCUUGUUCAAAGUCAAUAACUGUGAAAAUGGGUCACAAUCACAAGGUAAGAUCUCUGUACAAAGUCACCAAUUUUCAUUGUUCUUGUGUGUAUCUGCGCUAAGAACCAUUACAGUGCAGGCUAUUCGAAGCUAUGAAAAUCGACAAUUUAUAGUCUCACACUGUCAGGAUACGUGAUAGUUAGUACCUAUGCAUUUGUUUCGACUAUUUCAUUUUCAAUGAUAAUAUUUCAAAACAUUUCCAAAUAGUCUUCAGGAUCAGCGGUAUCCACGCGAUCGCAUAUCCAGUUUAGGUAUAAAGUAAAUUUUAAGUAAAGACUUCUCUAAAAACUGCCGAUCAGAAUAUUAUAUUACUA